UUGUCCAUUCAUGUCCAUCAAGCGCACAUUUUUCCCUCCCAAGUCUGAACGAAGCCUGUGCUGAUCAUAACUCCGUCGCUGGAUCCAUUUCAAAGCAAUCUUCUUACGUCCGCAUUUCAGCCCGCAUUUCACUCGCUCAUCGCCAUGGAACGCUUCGAUGCCAUGCUCUUGGGUAUGGCCCAACAAUGUGAGGGUGGAGUGCCCGAGAUGUUGGGCUUGAUCUUCGGAUUCAUGGCCCGUAAAACGGAUUUCUACACCGGCGGCGAAGAAGGCCAAGCCUUGAAGAUGAUUGUCCAGGAGUUCAAGAAACACGAGAACACGGCCAAAGAAGAGGCCGAGAAGAAGAAGAAACGGUUCGAGGAGAUGAAUCGCAAACAGAAAGAGAAGCGGGAAAAAGAGAAACAAGAAGAGGAGAGAAUCGUGGAAGUCACCGAUGAAGAGGCCGAGAAGAUCCUGGAGGAGCAAAAGAAGCCUGCCGGAAGUCCGGAGGUGGUCCCGGCUAGCCAACCUUCGUCCGCAGGGAAAGGUGACGAGGACGACGAGGACGAUGGCAAAUUGAAGCCCAAUGAGGGCAACGGGUGCGAUUUGGACAAGUACAAAUGGGUUCAGAAGCUAGAAGAAAUCGAUUUGCGGGUGCCUUUACCGAUGGCUUGCAAAGGCCGAGAUUUGGUGGUGGAAAUCCAAAAGAAACGCCUCAAAGUAGCCCUGAAGGGCCAACCCCCCAUCAUCGACGGUGAAUUGCACAAGGAGGUUAAAGCUGAGGAAUCCACGUGGCUAUUGGAGGAUAAGAAAUGCUUGCUAGUCAAUCUGGAGAAACUCAACCAAAUGGAAUGGUGGUCCCGAUUGGUCACCACCGAUCCCGAGAUCUCGACCAAGAAGGUGCAACCCGAAAACUCCAAGCUGAGCGAUCUGGAUGGAGAGACGCGAUCCAUGGUCGAGAAAAUGAUGUACGACCAAAGGCAGAAAGAAAUGGGAAAGCCCACUUCAGACGAGCAGAAGAAAGAGGACAUGCUCAAGAAGUUCAUGACCGCCCAUCCGGAAAUGGAUUUUUCCAAUUGCAAGUUCAACUGAUCUGAGCCUCUAGUAUUUUGAUUGUGUGAUGUGAUACUCUUUUCAGUAAUAAACUCCCCUCAUUUGAGUCCGGAUUGGUGGGAGAGGUCCGGAUGGUUUUUAAAAUGCCAGAUCAUGUCUUUUUGCAGAA